AUGACUAUAUCCACGGAAUAUGAAAACACUUUACCACUUCGAGCUCCCAAGCCAAGAUAUACCUUGAUCGGACCAAAGAGGGGAGUCAGGUACCAAGUUUAUCCUUUGAUAGAACUUACUCAAAGAGAGUCGGACGACCUUCUAGAGAGACUUCACCAAGACGAUUUUGCACCCGAUGCUUGCCACGUUGCCAAUCAUUUUCAGGGAAGAACACUACGAGAAGCCUUUGACCACCACGUACGUGUCAGAGAUGGCGACAAGACGAUACAUCCAGACUUCUUCGUUGCUCUCGAGCAGGAAUCAUCUGAGAGUGUCCUGGUGGUGUAUCUCAAAGCACAGGGUUCAGACGGCGAGUCCGUCGUUGGCGUGAGUCGGUGUGCUAUCGACGAGGCAAAUCUUAUGGGCGCAAAUUUGGACGUGGGAAACAUCAGUUGGAUUGAGUACAAGGAAGCAGAACAGGAAAAGUUUGGCAGCGAGAGUCCGUAUACCAACAAGCGAUACUUUUCCCGGGAUCCCCGAGAGCCAAAGGAUACUGAUUCUCACACCAGUGUAUAUGCGUGGUUCAGCAUUGUAUCCAGACCGCUUCGCUUCAUAUCGAUACUGGAGCCAGGGUGGGCAAGACUCCCGCAGGAUGAGCGUCGGUUCGUUCAACCAGCAAAUGUUGAGCGCUUCGACGAUCCAUGGUCCGAGAUCAGGAGCCUGUUUCCACGGAUCUGUCAAGUCAAUAAGGCAGUGCACAGAAUGAUCUUGCUCGUGGCAGAAAAAGAGGAUGUUGAUGCGGAUCAGGGCAUGUCCAUUCAUCGUGUCUUGUGGGAUGCGGAGAAAGAGCUUAGCAAUGUGCCAAACAAUAGCGAUCAGACCCAGCAACAAGCAGUCAGAGCGAUCAUGCCUGAGCUGAAGUUUCUGGAGUGGACUCGAACGUCAGAAGCACUGAAGCGCCUGGAUGAGCUCCAAUCUCUUGGCAAGGAUGACCUGUCACAAGGUGUUGAUACGGGGUUGGAUGGCCGGGAAGUCUUGGAGCUUGUGCAGGCCAUGAUUCAACGUCGUGGGGGGCCCGAGCCAACAUAA